GGACGACGGACGACCCUCUCAUUGAGAGGACCCCGGAAUUUUUUGUCAGGCAGAAACGUCCCUCGCUAAUCGCUCCGAGUCCAGCCGACUUUCUCGUGCGGAGGCGCCAUGGAGGCUCUAAUUCCGGUCAUCAAUAAGCUCCAAGAUGUUUUCAAUACAAUCGGAACAGAUGCGAUUCAACUGCCGCAGAUAGUCGUUGUCGGAGCGCAGAGCUCAGGCAAGAGUUCAGUCUUGGAAGCCAUCGUCGGGAAAGAUUUCCUGCCAAGAGGAUCUGGAAUCGUCACCCGGCGACCCUUGGUGCUCCAACUGGUUCAUGUUGCCAAGGAUGACAACUCCUACCGAUGUGCCGAUGAGGGGACACUGAAUCUGGAUGAAUGGGGAAAAUUCCUCCACACCAAGAACAAAAUUUUCACAGAUUUCGAUGAGAUCCGAACAGAAAUCGAGAAUGAAACUGUUCGAUUAUCCGGAGCGAACAAAGGAAUUUGUCCUGAAGCCAUCAACCUGAAAAUUUUCUCUAACAAAGUUGUAAACUUGACGUUGGUCGAUCUUCCUGGCCUGACGAAGGUCCCCGUGGGCGAUCAACCCGAGAAUAUUGAGAACCAAAUCAAAGAACUCAUUUUCAAAUAUACGGUGAACCCGAACUCUAUCAUCCUUGCGGUGACCCCGGCAAACACAGAUUUCGCAACCUCUGAAGCGAUCAAAUUAGCUCGAGAUGUCGAUCCAGAAGGACGCCGCACCUUGGCCGUCAUCACGAAACUGGAUCUGAUGGACGCCGGCACAGAUGCCGUGGACGUACUGUGCGGUCGCGUGAUUCCCGUGAAGCUGGGAAUUAUCGGCGUCGUGAAUCGCUCUCAACAGGACAUCAACGAGAGGAAGAGCAUUUCGGAUGCGUUGAAAGAUGAAGCGAGUUAUCUGCAGCGCAAAUAUCCAGCUCUCGCAAACAGGAAUGGAACUCCGUAUCUCGCGAAAACGCUGAACAGACUUCUGAUGCAUCACAUCCGCGACUGUUUGCCUGAGCUGAAAACACGUGUCAACGUCAUGAUUUCCCAAUUCCAACAACUCUUAAAUUCAUACGGAGAGGCUGUCGAGGACAAGGGACAGACACUGUUACAAAUAAUCACCAAAUUCGCCUCUGCCUACUGUUCCACCAUUGAAGGCACCGCGCGUAACAUCGAGACGACGGAGCUGUGCGGCGGGGCUCGAAUAUGUUAUAUUUUCCACGAGACGUUCGGAAGGACCCUGGACGGCAUUGACCCGCUGGCGGGUUUGACCACACUUGAUAUUCUGACGGCCAUUCGGAACGCGACAGGUCCCCGUCCAGCGCUUUUCGUCCCGGAAGUGUCCUUCGAACUCCUCGUGAAACGUCAAAUCCGGAGAUUGGAAGAACCAUCUUUGCGGUGCGUGGAGCUUGUGCACGAGGAAAUGCAACGAAUAAUCCAACAUUGUGGCAUCGAAGUACAACAGGAGAUGCUCCGGUUCCCGAAACUACACGAGUCCAUCGUCGAGGUUGUGACCCAGCUCCUGAGACGGCGGCUUCCCCCAACUAAUUGCAUGGUCGAGAACAUGGUGGCCAUCGAGUUGGCUUACAUCAACACGAAGCAUCCCGACUUCCACGAUGCUGUCCUGGUGCGAGGUCUCUCGAAGGGUCUCCUCGAGGAGAAACGUACCAUCAAGAGCUCCCUGUCUGGCGCGGGUGAGUCAGCGAGCGCUGCUAACGGUGUCGGUGAAGGUGCCGUCAACGGUGAAACGAAAAUCAUCAACAAGCUCAGGGAUCGAUCCCCAGGCAGGCUGGUCAGGAGUACCUCCCUGAGGGCAUUUAAUGCGAGCCAAGAAAACGCAGCCGCGUCUUCUGGUAUCCAAACCGCGAUGCCCAUCUCGGCAGGAGGCUUCCUAGCCAACCUGAUGGGGACGGCUUCCUCGGGUCAAAACACCCCUGCUCAAGGAGGAACGCCAGCUCAUACUCUUGCACUCAAUAGCCCCGCAAAGCCCGUUAAUCUUCUCCCAGAAGUUCCAAUAACAGCACCCGCACGCAAACUGUCGCCGAGGGAGCAGCACGACUGCGAGGUCAUUGAGAAACUCAUCAAGAGCUAUUUCCUCAUCAUUCGAAAAAGCAUUCAAGACUCCGUGCCCAAGGCAAUCAUGCACUUCCUGGUGAACUACGUCAAGGAUAAUCUCCAGUCUGAGCUCGUGACCCACCUCUACAGACAUGACGAGUUCAACACGCUUCUGUCUGAAAGCGACCACAUUGGGGCUCGCCGAAAAGAGGCCAUCGAAAUGGUCAAGGCUUUGCAGCGAGCUAGUUUGAUCAUUGGCGAGAUUCGCGAGACGCAUAUGUGGUAGACAAGGAGCGGAUCGUCGACGAACAUGAUUACGUUUAAUGUUGCACAUAAAAGUGUUGGAUUGCAUGUCAGGGCGAAGUCUCAUAUGAGAGGAUCUUGGCUCCUGUGCAGCUUCUGAUCGUUAUCACGUCCACGUUCACCGACGUACCCCCCUCUCAAUGCACUCAUUCACGGGAGUCUGUGGAAGUGUUCGAUAAACAACUCUGCUGAAGUGUGGUACGGCUUAUUAGACCAGCGAGCUGGCAGAAGAGUAUUAGUUCGGUGAGCCGCAUCGCGUCCGGUCGCCAUCUUCGACUCAAUGAUAAUUCUGAUGGACGAGUGCCGCGAUGCAGGCUCUCACCUGAUUCAAAGCGCUGCAGCCGUCGCUUCCGAAACAGUCGAUUGUACAUACAAUGCUCGGGAUGACUGCGAAAUCAUUCUUCGGAGUGGUCUACGGUUUUUUGCAGAAAUAAAGUGUGAUCAUGUUAGGGACGCGCCAGACAGAAAUUCGGA